CUCGCCGGUUUGGGGUGUUUACUGUGGCGUAUCCAGCGCAGCCUGUAGUAACCGCGCGCGACCGGAUGGAACGUCUGUGAUACAUUGUAACACUUCACACGAGCUGCGACCCGCAACUUUGUAUCUUGUUAUUGAUAGAAUGUAUCGGUUUGAUCUGGCGGCGUCGCUUUGAUCAUAAAGAAAUGACAGAUGUCUGGUGUUCUGAUGACAGCUCCCCUCCCUCCAUCCCUCCUCCCACUGGGCUGGUUGCCAUGGAGAGCUCAUCGGUAGCCUCGGCAUCUUCAGAGGCGGGAAGCACACGCUCGCAAGAGAUCGAGGAGCUGGAGCGCUUCAUCGACAGCUACGUGCUGGAGUACCAGGUGCAGGGACUCCUGAGCGACAAAAACGAGACCGACCAGGAUGUGGACAAGACCCCGUCCCACAUCUCCCAGUGGACUGAAAACUGCAAUGAUAAGAUUGACGGGAGCUGGUCGUCUUCACGGGGCAGGGGCUCGUCAAAACCAGAUGAUUGGGAGCACAGCAGUAAUGGCAGCACCGGUUCUAGACCCAGUUCAGGUUCUCGACCCGGUUCUGGUUCUAGAUCAGGCAGCAGAGGACGAAACCACCAGUUCAGAGCCCCAGCGAAGAAUGGAAACAGAGACUGUUCUUUGGAUGUUCUGGGGACGGACAUCUGGGCUGCAAACCUGAACUGUCAUGGAGGCGCUACGUGGGACAUGCAACCAGAGAAACUGGAUUUCUCUCAGUUUCACAGGAGGCCGUACAGAGGGACACCGAAACACCUCCCGCACAUCGACCGAGAAGGGAUGAUGAAGGGCAAACUCGAUGAUGAUGAUGAUGAUGGUAUUGACCUGGACAACAUGGAGAAGUUCCUGCCGGUUUUCCCUCCUCUGCCUAAUGAAGCUGAGAUCGCACACACGAAAAAACUGUUUCGUCGCCGCAGAAAUGACCGCCGCCGAUCCAAUCCGCCCCAGGACCAGUUGACGGUGCUGCUACCAGCCGAGGGGAAGCGACAAGUGUCCAGGAGACAGCAGCGCCUGCCUGGUGGAGGACUGCAGCAACAGCUGCCCAAUCAGAUGCAGCAGCCCAACGCAGACCACCAAUCAGGUGCUGGCACUAAGCACGGGGGGCGGGGUUACCAGGGGCAGCAGAACCAAGGUGGGCGACAGGGCGGCCCGCAUCACGGCUACAGCCAGAACCGCCGCUGGCAUCAGCAUCCCAAACACCAGACGAACAGUUUCAAUCUGGGGCCCUCAGGGGCCGACAGGGGCCUCACACACAAUACCAAAGAAACAGAGAAUGUAAAACACGAGGACCCAGAGCCCCACAUGGAGAAAGGAGCGAAGGACGAACCUGCGAAAGAGGAGAGAAAGAAAGGAGACAAGGAGGAGAAGGAGGAGAGCGGGAAGAUCUGUUUACUGCAGUCAUCAAAAGAGAGACUGAGGAGGAGAUUGAAAGAGAAGGAGGAGGUUCCCGUGGCGACCGCCGGACCUCAGCCGAACCGAAUGGACCGAUUGUUAGAGAUUCUGAACAGCAUGAGGAACAACAGCAGCGGCGUGGAGAAUCAGCUCACCACGUUCAUGGUGGAAGCGCAGAAUUCGGCCGACUCGGAGGAGACACUGAACCAGAUCGUUCACACCAUUUACCGCAAGGCAGUCAGCGACCGAAGUUUUGCAGCCACGGCAGCCAAACUCUGUGACAAGAUGGCUCUGUUCAUGGUGGAAGGAACCAAAUUCCGCUCGCUGUUACUCAACAUGUUACAGAAGGACUUCACGCGGCGCGAGGAGCUGCAGCAGACGGAUGUGGAGUGCUGGCUGGGCUUCAUCACGUUUCUGUGUGAAGUGUUCGGCACCAUGAGGAGCAGCGCUGGAGAGCCGUUCAGAGUACUGGUCUGCCCCAUAUACUCCUGUCUGAGAGAGCUCCUGGAGUCUGUGGAGGUGAAGGAGGACGCUGUGCUCUGCUGCUCGAUGGAGCUCCAGAGCACCGGCCGGUUAUUGGAGGAGCAGCUUCCUGAAAUGAUGACGGAGCUGCUGGCGGCCGUGCGGGAUAAGAUGCUGUGUCCGUCUGAGUCUCAGCUGACGCGCUCGCUCCUGAUGGAGGUCAUCGAGCUCCACGCUCACCACUGGACCCCGCUGGAGGAGCUGACCACCGCCUACUACAACAGAACCAUCCAGAAGCUCACCGCGUGACACACACGCACCGCUGGGUGCACUGACCACUGCGAACCACAACACUACCAACCAGAAACUCAUCUGGAGACAAACAAACACUGAAACCAACCACUAGAGGUCACGGAGACAAGCAUUCUGUGAUAGGAGAAUAGAGUCAGGUGUGGGAGGAGGAGGCGGGCCUUAUGGGAUCAGGGGUCAGAGGGUUAAAUAUGCAGAUUGAAUAUGUAUAUGUUCACACUUCACAUCUGCAUAUUCAUGAGCUGAGCCAGACGUACAGAUGUGAAACCAGACAGUCAUUAGACACACGCGAGCAGACGCCAGCCACUGUCUGUCACGCUUUCCAGACCAAACCUCAGAGGAAAGAGCAAAAGACAAACUAAACUAAAAUUAAAAAGAAAGUAAAUCUAAAGGAAAUCUAAAUGGAUUUUGCAUAUAAAAUUAAGCCAAUGAUGUAAUUAUUUUCAUGACCAUUAUGCACCCCCUCACUCCCCCCAAUGAUGCCAAAAUACAAUUGAAUUAAUACAUAAUUAUAUUUUGCGUUAAUGAAAAUAAUAAAAAAAAUAGGAUUCUUUUUACGAUUUGUUUUGGAGUUAAGCACAUUUACGUUUUUUUUUUUUUUUGCAUUUGAUGAUGAUAAUUUUGAGAAUUAUUUUUUUUUUUAAAUAUUUAAAUUGAAUCAAAAAAAGUAAUUACUAUUUAAUAACCAACUUUUUUUUCUUUUUGAAGAAUUUGUUACAAAUGUUCUUAAUAUUCAUGAAAAUUGUUACAUUUCAGCUAUUUUUUUUCUGUUUUUAUCUAUUGCAUUUUUAGCAUUACUUUAAGGAUAGUUAAGCACUCCCCUAAAUCAUUUUUUUUAAUGCAUGAUUUUUUUUUUUAUAUAAAAAAAAGUGCAUUAAUGUUUUUUUUUGGGGGGGGGGUAAUUGUAGGUAUGUGUUUAAUAUUCAUGGAAAUAAUGCAAAUGUGCAAAAAAGUCUUAAUAGGCUUCAUUUUCUUUUGAUUAUGCUAUAAAAUAAGAUAUUCUCUGGCCAUUUUCUUGAAUUGUGUUGAUUGAACUGUCAACCCCAGAGACUGCACGAGCUCUCGUGUCUUUUCUUUCCUUUGUCACACACAGCAGAUGGGAGACACACUAUAGCGUGUGUGUGUGAGGACACAUUCAACAUGACGUGGUCAGGUUCAGUUAUUUCUUGUUGCGUCCCUGUUUAUAAUGUGUUAUAGUGUCCUUAAUAUUAUGCAUUAUUGUUAUUAUAAUAAUUAUUGUAACUAUUUCUUUUUCUCUCAAAGUUGCGUUUUUUUUUAUUUUAUUUUUUUUACAAUGUACGUAUAAUAGGCUCCGUUUGUGAAAUGCAAGCAGAGCGCGAAUCAUUCGUAACGUCACAAUGAUUCACCUGCUCGUUUUUCACGAAUGAGGUUUGUUUGUUUUUAGUCGUAAAUCUGUUGCACAGGAUUACUUUCAUUUUGCACUGUUUUAAGGCGAUUGCUUUAAAAAAAAAAAUUCAAAAAGAAAAGAAGAUAAACAUGUAUGUAAAAAGCGACGGCAUGUGGAGGUUUUCGAAUGUUAGUCGAACAGUUUUAGAGAGAUUCGUAGAAUCAGUUUUGGGGGAGAAAAUAGUGGCCUUCGAAACCCCUGCGAGUUUAAUCUGUAGCUCAUAGAAAGUCCUGUACAGCCAAGAUGAUUUUAUUUUUAUUGCCCUGCAAUGUUCAGCUUCCUAAAUAGGCAACAUGAGAUAUCGAAAAACAUAAAAAAUCGAGCAUGAAUCGAAAUUAAAUUAAAGGCUAUCGAGUAUAUAGGCCGUAUUGCCGUGGUCGUUUUUUUUGCAAGUCGUUCUAUUUAAAACAAUUUACUUUGAACUAAAUUUGUUUGCCGAGGAUGGUGGUCGAAUCUUUUAACGGUAUAUCUAGUUAUUACGUGUCAAUUUCUCUGGCUUUGACGACUGUGUGCAUUGAUAUUGAUUUAUCACAAGCCAGUCAUCUAGUUACUUAUAAAUAAGCUACAGUACAUGUAAUCUUGUAAACGGCAUAUGAAUAUGAAUUUUAGUCGAUGAGGAGAAACAUAUGAAGUGUUUUUGAACUUUUUUUGCGUAGUCUGUGGCCUCCAGCAUUAUUUAGUGGAGGAAACAUGCGCAGAACCUCGUGGUUUGCUGGCCGGUUUGGGGUUUGUGUAUUUUCUGUCUUGCAUCAAGAAUCCAGAUGAAAAAACAAACGCACACAUGAGGGUUGAAUCUGGUUCAUAUUCCAUCCUUCAUUUUAAAGGAAAAAAAUAUUUAAAUAUUUUGCAUGAUAAAAACUUCGAUUUUAUUCAUGCAAAAUAUGAUUUUGUAAUUUUUUCUUUUGAUUUAGUGGUCAGAUUUCCCCUCAUAGAGUGAUUUUAUUUUAAGCACAUACAGUACAUGCAUAUUGAAUAGCUGAUGCUCUGUGAGUGCAUGUUUGUCUUUCAAACACGUUUUCAGUUGUUGUUGUUUUUUUGUUGCUUUUUUAUUUUUUAUUUUAGAGUUUCAUUUGAUUUGAACUUAGCAUCGUCAGGGUUUGUUUUAGGCUCCGCCCAGUUCAAGCAGCAGGCAUCAUGUGACCUUUGACUUCUUGUGUGCGACCCACCAGACUACUGAAUGCAGAUCAGCUUCAUUUGCAUCUUCUUGAAAUGCAGAGCAGAUGUGGCAACCUUGUCAGCUGACCAAACUAUAGAUCUGGGCUCAUUCAAAGAUGUCAGCGGUUGUUUUGUUUUUUAUGAAACUGAAAAUAAACUGAAAGGGGUGUAA